GCCCCAAAUUUAGGGCUCAUACUCAUUCCACUUGGAUUGCUUGAAAGUCAUCUACAGCCAUGGACGCGAUUCCUCUAAGCCUUAGAACCCCAAUACGAGACGCCAUUUCCAGGAUCCGAUUCUCCCCACAUUCCAACAAUCUCCUCAUUUCUUCCUGGGACUGCAAACUCCGCUUGUACGACAUUCAACGCUCUGAGCUAAUACUAGAAUCGCCAGGGGAAGCCGCACUUCUGGAUUGUUGUUUUCAAAGUGAUUCCGUGGCUUUUAGUGCAGCUUCUGAUGGUUCUGUUCACAGGUAUGAUAUGCAUUCAGGACAUAAAUCUGCAAUAGGGAAUCAUGACAAUAUGGCAACUUUUGUUGAGUUUUCUCCUGAAACAUGUCAGUUAAUUACUGCUGGUUGGGAUAGGAACAUACUCUUCUGGGAUGCACGGACGGCGAAAUCUGUAGGAUGCUUGAACAAUCUAACAUCAGAGGCAGAGUCUAUGACACUCUCUGACUCCAGUUUGAUGGUUGCUAUUGAUUCAUCUGUAAUCAUUUAUGAUCUUCGCACCCUUAGGAAACUGGUUCACCGAAAAGAUGUCAAAAUAAAAUGUGUCCGCAAUAUUCUUAGUUCUGAAGGGUUUGUGGUUGGCUCAGUGGAUGGACGUGUUGCUUUGGAGUAUAUCUGUGAAUCAGAUAUGGAUAAGGGAUACGCAUUUCGAUGCUAUCCAAAGGGUACAGAUGGUAGACGUUAUGCUGUGGCAGUAAAUGACAUUGCUUUUAGUCCAUUAAGCAGUGGUUCAUUUGUAACUGGUGAUAACGAGGGCUAUGUAAUAAUAUGGGAUGCUUGGCACAAGAAGCGACUGUUUGAGCUUCCAAGACACCCAAACAGCAUUGCUUCUUUGGCAUACAACCAUGAUGGUUUGCUUUUAGCAGUUGCAUCUAGUUACUCUUACCAAGAAGCCAAUGAAAGUGAAGAGCCUCCACAGAUAUAUAUACACAAAGUUACGAACUCCGAGUCACCUUCCAUUUGAGUGUCAUAUGUGGAAUGACUCUGAAGUAGGUGCUUAUAUUUCCUACUUGGAUCAAUUCAGGAAUCUAUUGAGUAUGAUCAUUAUAGAUUCCCAAAUCAUUCAAAUUACUCGGUUGCCCUGCAUUCCAUUAUGGCAGUUUGCAUUCAUUCCAGGUAUCAAUUUAAUCUUAUUCGGCUGCGUAUUUUCUUCUUUAUUCAACAGUGCACCUGAUCCCAAGAUGAAGUGGGAAUUGGUCACUAUGAUAAACUGGCAGGAUGUGAUUGCCAGUUAUCCAAAUCCACUUGUCCUUGGAGGAGCGCGCUAUCUGGAAAAUAUUCUCUAUUAGAAUAGUAUUUAUCAAAUGUAUUAACCUUGUAGCUUCAUAGUUCUCUAAUUUAAUUACUGAGCAUUUUAAUGCCUAGACAUGUGGUGAAGCUCUUCUAUCAACUUCAAUAGUUUGAUUCUGUAUUAUUCAACUUCAUUUUUUUGUAAUUUAAAUGGUGUGAUACUUAAGUAAAAAAACUAGGGGUUCAAGUUGACAAAGAUCUUGCCCUCUGUCCUCAGAGAGCAAGAACAGAACAAAUUCAGUGUUUGUUCCAUCCUAUUGCUAGAUCAAGUCCUGAAAGCAUUUCAUAGCCAAGGCGUCAAUUGUACCUCCAACAGACAUUUACGCCAACUCAAGAAAAAGAAAUAAGUAGCAACACAUCCCGACCAUUGCAGUUCGUGUUUUUAAUAUCUAACUACGCUAUAUUUACCUUAUCUUUUUGCAAGAAAAAGUGUUGCAUAAUCUCCGGGAGAUGGGAAGUUUUUGGCAGGGUGUGCCGUGUGCAUUUUGUAAAUUUGUGUAUAUGCAUGAAGUCAUGAACGGCAGGCUGCACAGCCUACCUGGAGCUCUUUCGGUAAAAGACGAUUUUAGUGUGAUCACCAAGUACUUGUGCCGUGUUUCAGCAUUUUGUUGUCUUUGAGUAGCAUGCUUAUUCACAUACUCCGUAUGUAAUUAGUUUUAGCUUCUAAGCCAUAUGAAAUAAAAUUUCCUCUGGUGUUAUAUGCUAUCAACGCCUUGGUGUUGCACAGUCCCCACAUUAUGUAGAUGGAUUGCUUAUAAUUAAGUAGGUAUUUCUCAAUUUACUUUGGUACUGUGUUUUGCUCUUCAAAUGGAUGAGAAGCAAUAAAGACCUCUUUCAAAA